UGCAACUAACUAAAUAUUAUAACGUCAAUAAGGACACCCACGUACAAUUCUCUCUAUAAAUACACAUAGAAUGAUAGAAGUCUAGGAUCACUAUCAUUUCUCCAACAUUGAAACAAAGGUAUGGAGACAGUAAUCAGAGGUGAAGAGAACGCGGUGCAACCGAUGAAUAAUGUUGAGGAGACAGCGGAGCAGAAGACCGCAAUGAAGAUAUGGAUAGCUGUGGAUGAGAGUGAAGGGAGUUUCUACGCCCUCGAAUGGGCCCUUCAACAUCUUUUCCUCCACCAUGAUGCAACGGAUAACAAGUCUGUCACGGUGGUUCAUGUCCAACCUCCCUUUCAACCGACUUACACUGCCCUUUCUGUCGGUCCUGUUUUAUUUUCGACAUCUGGGGCGAGGGAAUCAGUGGAGAAAGCAGAGGAAGAAAGCGCAGCAAAAGUCCUUGCUCGUGCUUCGGAAUUAUGUGACCAGCAUAAGAUAAAAGCAGAGUGUUUGGUGUUGAAAGGAAAGCCAAAGGAGAUACUGGUUGAAGCUGUAGAGCAAAUGAAUAUUGAUCUUCUUGUUGUUGGUAGCAGAGGUCUAGGCCAGAUCAAGAGGGCUGUACUUGGAAGCAUUAGCGAUUACUGUGCACAUCAUGCAAACUGUCCAGUUCUUAUUGUGCGUCCCCCAAAGGCAUCAGAAAACUGAACUGAAUUUACAUUGGUCAUUUCCCGUGAGUCGUAUAAGUGUGGUGUUGGUUGUGUAAUAAUUACGCGUAAACCCUUAUAGUGUUGUUUAAGUAAAUGGAGACCAUGUUGUCGAAUUUAUGUAUGAAUCUUAAUACUUAAUGUAAGUUAUUCACGACUCGCUGUAUUGUUUACACUGUCAAGUUUGUAUUGGUAAUUGAGUAUCAUAUAACUUUUGUAUUGGUAA